AUGGCGCUCACUCCCGAGUCCGCCAGCACGACACCGCUGCACAAUCCGAGCAACUUUAGCGCCGCACUCGGCCUGCCUUACCUCGGCGACUACCCGCGCACGUACACACACGAAGGCGGAUUCCCUGCCGGCUUUGUGUGGGGCAGCGGGACGGCCGCGUACCAGAUCGAGGGCGCGUGGAACGAGGGUGGGCGUGGCCCGUCCAUCUGGGACGACUUUUCCGGCGCGGGCGGCCCGGCUCAUGAGGCGAUGGUCAAGGUUGGUGCCAUCGCCGGCGGCGGCGGCAAUCAUUCGGGCGCCGUCGCGUGCGACCACUACCACCGCUACCGCGAGGACGUCCAGCUUAUGGCCAGCCUCGGUCUACGGCACUACCGCUUCUCGCUCUCCUGGCCUCGGAUCCUUCCAAACGGCACGCUGGCCGGCGGAGUCAACGAGGAGGGCGCCGCGUUCUACGACGCGCUGAUCGACGCGCUGAUCGCGGCAAAGAUCGAGCCCUUCGUCACGCUCUACCACUGGGACCUCCCCUCCGCGCUGCAGACGGCCGCGAGCCCCGGCUGGCUCUCUGCCGGCACGGUCCGCCACUUCGAGGACUUUGCGCGGCUCUGCUUCGAGCGGUGGGGAGGCAAGGUGCGGCGGUGGGUCACAUUCAACGAGCCGUGGACCUUCACCGCGCCCGGAAAGCCAUACGCCGACGUCCGCACCGGCCCCUACCUCGCCGGCCACAACGUCCUCCUCGCCCACGCCGCCGCUGUGCGCGCCUUUCGCGAGACGGCGGCGGCGAGCGGCGGCGCAAUCGGAAUCACAAACAACAUCGACUGGCGUGAGCCGCUCACCGCGGCGCCCGAGGAUGUCGCCGCCGCCGAGCGCGCGCGCGAGUGGUGGCUGGCGUGGUUCUGCGACCCGAUCUGGCGGGGCGACUACCCGCCCUCGAUGCGCGCCUCUCUCGGCGAGCGGCUGCCCACCUUCACUCCGUCGGAGCUCGAGUCGCUCCAGGGGCUCAACCACUACGGAUCGUCCUUUGUCGUCGCCCAGCCGAACGGCAAGCACUACGGCAAGCACUACGGCGAGGGCAACGGCGAGUCGUACUGGAGAGACUACGAGGCGCUCGCGCUGCACUCGGAGGAGAUGAAGGAGGAGGCGGCGGCGUCGGCCUGGCUCUACUCUGUGCCCUGGGGGCUGCGCAAGCUCCUCUCGUGGGUCAAGCGGCGGUACGGCAACCCGCCGCUCUACGUGACCGAGAACGGCUGGUCGACGCCCGGAAACGACUCUGCCUCCUCCGCGCAGGUGGCCGACGGCUCGCGCGUGCGCUUCCUGGCGAACUACACCUCCGAGCUGCGCCGCGCCAUCUACGAGGACGGCGUCGACGUGCGCGGCUACUACGCCUGGUCGCUGCUCGACAACUUCGAGUGGGAGAUGGGCUACUCGGAGCGGUUCGGACUCGUGUACACCGACUACGCCACCCAGCGGAGGCACCCAAAGGCGUCGGCGCGCUGGCUC